AUGUCAUGGCUACGAGACGAUUACGAGGCCUUUGAAAAGUCGGCCAACACCUCCCGGUCACCUUCGGCACGACAGUGGUCGCUGCUCGUGUGGGAUGUGACGGAGGGUGCGUUCAGCUCCUGGCAUCCGUACGUCGGUGUGGGCAGGUGGACGGACGCUGACGCGGCGAAGAAAAUCCCCAGGGCCAAUGGCGUCGAGAAUCAAAUGCUCAAUCUCUACAUUCAAAGGCACGCCUGCGAAUCAUCUCGAUGGAGCUUCGCACCGCUUCAUGGCCCCGAGAGGCAAAGCCUUCCCGACGUCCUCGACCUCUUUCGAAUCCUCCACGUCCCUACCGACUUCUCCAUGGAGCGCACACGGGCCGUGUGUCACAGUUUCGGCCACCGAACCGACGACCACGGCACCUGCUCUUGGUUCCACUUCCUCUGCAAGAACAUCAGCGUCAAGCGAGAGGACGGCAAGACGCCCGAGGUCGACAUGCAGAUGCCCAGCCGAUGGGGCCGAGGUCCUACCCUUCCGCAGGCAGACUACAGCUGGCUCGUCUCGAGCUUCUUCAUGCGCGUCCACGACGACGGCAGCGUCGUGCUCGCGUGCUUUGGUGCGAGGCAUCACGUGCGCACGAGGAUCGAGGCGUUUGCGCUUAAGGGGACGUGGCACGACGUUGCCGUCAACCCCUACGUGCUGUUCGAUCUCAUCCUGGACGGUCUGUGGUUCGAGGUGGACGAGACGGUGUGGAACAUGAAUUCCGUCUUUGGCUCGCUCGAGCAUGUACGUUGCCUCGCCGCCACUCCGACGCGGGCCAUGAUGACGCUGACCUCGCAGGCCAUCCUCGAGAUUGCCCACACGAAAGAGUAUGCGCAGCUGAACACGAGACUGUCGUUUGCUGCCCUUCACAACUGCGCCAAGCACAUCAUAUACCUCAGCGAAGGCCUCGAAGCCUGCCUUCUCGUCGUCGACGAGGUCCUGGACAAUUGCGACGGCGAUUGGGACCGAGACAAGACCUCCCUCGACGGUCGGACCCGUGUGCUCAAGCAGCUCAAGGGGUGCCUCCGCUAUCGGCGGUCCCUGUACCUCUCGACCCAACUGCGGCUCGGCAGCCUGCAGAAGCGAAUCGACAACGUCAUCGCCCUCGCGUUCAACGUCGUUACCCAAAAGGACUCGAUGGUUGUGACGCGCGACUCGAGUGUCAUGAAGGUCAUUGCCGCCAUCACCAUCGUCUUCCUGCCUACGACGGGCAUCGCCACCGUUGCCGGCUCGCAGCUGCUUGUCUCGGAGUGGCAAAAGGACAGCAACUCGUGGACGGUCAGGCCGACGCCGCUGUUCUGGCUGACCUGGUGGAUAGCGAUCCCGGUGACGGUCUGCGUGCUCCUCAUGACGUUUGCGUGGCAGUGGUACAUGAACAGCGAGCGGGCCCAGAGUGAAUCUCGCCGACUCUCUGCCAUGCUGAAGGCGAGGUUGAGGCCUGCAGAAACGAGGAAGUGA